AUGAGUGAAGUUCUUCAACCACCGCUCUCCCAGGGCGCGGGGUACGGUGUCGUUGUUGGCCUAGGUGUCGCUUUUGCAAUUGUUAUGUUGUCUUGUAUGAUCUUCGUUACUCGGGCCCUGAAAAAUGCCUUCGGAGAGGAUAACAAGUCGACUGAGACAUUCAUGGUUGCCAAUCGGAGCGUGGGAACUGGCUUGACGGCCUCAGCAGUCAUCUCUUCCUGGACUUUCACCUCCGCUCUUCUGAGAGCACCCACCACGAUCUGCUUCUUUGCGUUUCUUGCAAUACAAGCCAAACUGAAGGCGCCAAAUGCCCAUACUCUACUCGAGAUCAUCAAAGUCCAGUACAGAAACAUUGCGCACAUAGUCUGGAUCACCCUUGCUCUGCUGAACAACAUCUUCAACUUCACCUCGAUGCUUGUUGGUGCCUCAACGGCAGUGUCCUCGUUGACCGGCGUGGACAUUAUCGCCUCCACGUACUUGCUACCGCUUGGUGUGGUAGUGUACACAUAUUGGGGAGGUCUUCGUGCCACGUUCCUGACCGAUUACAUCCAUACCUUCAUCAUGAUCGUGCUGGUCUGGUUUACGAUCAAGAUAAUUGUCAUGAACGAGAUCGGGAAUAUCUCUGCACUUUACGACGCCAUUCUUAAGCUUUCGGCAUCCGGACCUGUGGAAUGCAAUUACCACGGCUCGUACUUAUCAAUGACGAGCAAAGAGUCGUUAUUCUCCUGCAUCAUCCACAUUACCACGAAUUUCGGCAUCGUGAUUAUGGACACGGGAUUUUGGCAGAAAGGGUUCUCGGCCGAUGUCGCGGCUGCUGUUCCUGGAUAUAUCUUGGGUGGAAACGCCUACUUCGUCAUUCCGUUUGCUUUUGGGACGAUCGUGGGCCUUGGUGCACUCGCUUUGGAGCAGACGCCAGCCUUUCCCACAUGGCCGAGGCUGAUGACACAGGCGGUCUCCGGUGGCCUGGUUCUGCCAUAUACGGCUUCUGCAGUAGCCGGAAAAGGUGGCGCUGCGGCUAUCCUGCUAAUAUUGUUCAUGGCCUGCACCAGUGUUGCUUCAGCGCAGCUCAUUGCGGUCAGCUCGAUCAUAUCUUUUGAUGUAUAUGGAACCUACAUCAACAAGAGCCCUACCGACAAGCAAUUGAUCAGGUGGUCGCAUAUCGGAGUCGUGGGGUGCUCGAUCUUCAUCUCCUCGUUCGCAACCGCCUUGCAUAAGGGUGACGUGGACUUGAACUGGACGAUCUACAUGCUUGGAAUUGUCGUUUGCCCAGGAACGUUCCCGACGUGCUUCACUCUUCUCUGGAGAGGCCAGAGCAAAGUAGCCGCAAUCAUCUCGCCCAUCAUCGGCAUGCUCUGCGGCUUCGCCGUCUGGUUCGGAACGGCGUUCGAAAUGUACAGUGAGAUCACCAUCACAUCGACUGGGAAAACGUUGCCGUGUAUGUAUGGAUGCUUGACGUCGUUCUUCGUCCCUCUUCCGAUCACGUUGGCGAUAUCUUUAUGGCGGCCACAGAACUUUGACUGGGACACGUUCUUGACAAUAGGACGAGUGCAGUCGGAGCACUCGAUCGGCCGAAAGUUCAACCGGGAAGAGUACUUUUCGCUUGAGCGAGUGCGGUACAUGAAACGCGCGUCGAGGAAUGCAGCGUUAUGGGGUGCUGCAACGUUUGUCGGUCAGGUCUUGCUAUGGCCAUUGCCAAUGUACGGCUUGAAAACCAUUAUGUCCAAGGGACUUUUCACGGCCUGGGUCGUCGUUGCCCUCCUCUGGCUAUGGGUGGCUUUGAUCAUUGCUAACUUCCUCCCUCUUAUCGACGGAGGGGCCGUCCAAAUCUGGGCGAUACUGAAGAUUAUAGCUGGAAAGCAAAAACGCGAUGACUCGGGCACUUCGACGCCGUCAGAAGUCGUGGUAGAGGCGGUGCAUGUAGAGGAGAAGUCAUAG